UCUUUUGCCUGCCGCCGAUGCCACGGGGAUGAGCGUCCGGCUCCCCGGGGCCUCCAAGCCCGCCACCGCCAUGGCCACCGCCGCGCUGUCCCUCCCAUCACUCCCCCACCGAACUCCCCCGCCCGCGGCACCCGCCAGCUCGCCUCCCCACUCCGCCUCCGCCUCCCUGAAGCCGCUCUGCAAGGAAGGCGACCUGCGUCAAGCCCUGCGCCUGCUGACGGCCCGGGCGCCGCCGCCUCGGGAGCACUACGGCUGGGUGCUCGACCUCGUCGCCGCCAGGAGGGCGGCCGCGGAGGGCAGGCAGGUCCACGCGCACGCGCUGGCCGCUGGUUCCCUUGAGGAAGACGAUGACGGCUUUCUCGCGACCAAGCUGGUGUUCAUGUACGGUCGGUGCGGGCGGGUGGACGACGCGCGCCGCCUGUUCGAAGGAAUGCCCGCGCGGACCGUGUUCUCCUGGAACGCCCUCAUCGGGGCGUACCUGUCGUCAGGGAGCGCCGUCGAAGCCGUGCGGGUCUACAGGGCCAUGCGGGCAUCAGCUGCGCCGGGGUCCGCGCCUGACGGGUGCACGCUCGCGUCGGUGCUCAAGGCUUGCGGUGUGGAGGGGGAUGGACGCUGCGGGCACGAAGUGCAUGGUCUUGCUGUGAAGAGUGGGCUUGAUAAGAGCACCCUCGUGGCCAAUGCACUUAUCGGGAUGUACGCCAAAUGCGGUUUGCUGGAUUCAGCACUGAGGGUGUUCGAGUGGCUGCGUGACGGGAGGGAUGUCGCGUCCUGGAACUCGGUUAUAACGGGGUGCGUGCAGAACGGGAGGACCUUGGAAGCGCUGGAGCUGUUCCGAGGGAUGCAGAGCUCCGGUUUCGGUAUGAAUUCCUACACGGCCGUGGGGGUGCUGCAAGUUUGUGCGGAGCUAGCUCUGCUGAAUCUGGGCAGGGAGUUACACGGAGCACUUCUCAAAUGUGGCAGUGAGUUCAACAUCCAGUUCAACGCUUUGCUUGUCAUGUAUGCAAAAUGUGGCCGGGUGGAUAGUGCUCUAAGAGUAUUCCGUCAGAUUGAUGAGAAAGACUACAUAUCAUGGAAUUCGAUGCUCUCCUGCUAUGUUCAGAACGGUUUGUAUGCUAAGGCCAUUGAUUUCUUUGGUGAAAUGCUUCACCAUGGUUUUCAGCCCGAUCAUGCCUGUGUUGUAAGCUUGUCCUCUGCAGUGGGACAUUUUGGUUGGCUAAACAAUGGCAGAGAGGUUCAUGCGUAUGCUAUAAAGCAGAGGCUUCAUACUGAUUUGCAGGUUGGGAAUACAUUGAUGGACAUGUAUAUAAAGUGUGACUCCAUAGAGUGUUCCACAAAAGUAUUUGAAAGCAUGAGUAUUAGAGAUCACAUAUCUUGGACAACAAUUCUUGCUUGUUUUGCACAGAGUUCACAGCAUUUUGAAGCCCUGGAAAUGUUCCGAGAAGUGCAGAAACAAGGGAUUAAGGUAGAUUCUAUGAUGAUUGGAAGCAUUUUAGAAACAUGUAGUGGUUUCAAAAGCCUCUCUCUGCUAAAGCAAGUGCAUUCUUAUGCUCUUAGAAAUGGGGUACUUGAUUUGAUACUGAAGAAUAGGAUGAUAGAUAUAUAUGGGGAAUGCAGAGAGGUUCGCAAUUCAUUAAAUAUAUUUCAGACAGUAGAGAAAAAGGACAUUGUUACUUGGACUAGUAUGAUUAAUUGUUGUGCAAAUAAUGGGCUGUUGAACGAAGCUGUUUCCUUAUUUAUUGAGAUGCAGAAAGCAAAUAUUGAACCUGAUUCUGUAGCAUUAGUAAGUAUUUUGGUGGCUAUCACUGGUUUGUCAUCAUUGACAAAAGGAAAACAGAUUCAUGGCUUUCUUAUCAGAAGGAACUUUCCCAUAGAAGGUCCGAUAGUAAGUUCCCUCGUGGACAUGUAUUCUGGUUGUGGAAGCAUGAAUUAUGCUACCAAAGUAUUCUAUGGGGUUAAAUGUAAAGAUGUGGUUCUUUGGACAGCGAUGAUUAAUGCUACUGGCAUGCAUGGACAUGGAAAGCAAGCCAUAGAUAUUUUUGAGAGAAUGCUGCACACUGGUCUGACUCCUGAUCAUAUUUGUUUCCUUGCUUUGCUGCAUGCCUGUAGUCAUUCAAAGCUUGUCGAUGAGGGUAAAUACUAUCUGGAUAUGAUGAUGAGCAAGUACGGGUUCAAACCGUGGCAGGAGCACUAUGCCUGCGCGGUUGAUAUUCUUGGCCGCUCAGGCCGGACUGAGGAGGCUUACAGGUUUAUUGAGUAUAUGCCUAUGGAACCAACAUCUGUGGUGUGGUGUGCACUGCUUGGGGCAUGUCGUGUCCACAAAAAUCACGACCUUGCUGUGGUUGCAGCCAAUAAACUUCUUGAACUAGAACCUGACAAUCCAGGCAAUUAUAUUCUUGUAUCAAAUGUUUUUGCUGCGAUGGGAAAGUGGAUCGAUGUCAAAGAAGUUAGAACCAGGAUGGCAGAAAGGGGGUUGAGAAAAGAUCCAGCUUGCAGUUGGAUUGAGAUAGGGAACAAUAUCCACACUUUCACUGCAAGAGAUCACUCUCAUAGAGACUCAGAGGCAAUCCAGCUCAAGCUUGCCGAGAUAACAGAAAAACUAAGAAAAAGAGGUUACACAGAGGAUACAAGGUUUGUCCUUCACGAUGUGAGUGAAGAGGAGAAGAUAGAUAUGUUGCAUCAACACAGCGAGAGGCUCGCAAUAGCAUUUGGCUUGAUCAGCACUCGUCCAGGUACGCCUCUAAGGAUAGCCAAGAACCUCAGGGUGUGUGGUGACUGCCACGAGUUCACCAAGCUGGUGUCCAAGUUGUUUGAAAGGGACAUCGUAGUCCGAGAUGCCAACAGGUUCCACCAUUUCAGUGGAGGCUCUUGUUCUUGUGGAGACUUCUGGUGAACGUGAUUUAAGGCAUAGAACUAAGUACAUAGGCGUCCUAUUGACUUGGAGGUUACUUACAUCAGAGGCAAAGUUGGUGAUGUGGCUAAGCAUGUUUAAGACCAGAAAGUGUCUCUUCUGGCGAGAGGCCCCAUAAGCCUGUCAUUCUGUGGAUGGAGCAACUGAGAAGACGCCUAUUUGGAUUGGUUAUAUGUAACUGUACGCUCAAUCAGUCAUGUGCAGUAGGGCCUUUGCCUAUUUGGAUUGGUGUUAUGCAAUGAUAUCAGGGAGAACCCAUUCUUUGUUUACAUGAAGGGUUUCAGUGCACUGGCAGUCAUGGUCUUUCAACAAUAUGGUAAGUUGGCUCUAGUGAGUUGAUAACCAAUUCAUUUGAAAUGCAGUCAAUAAUCAAUAGAGCUUUCUAAAUUUUAAGCUAUAUCUUGUCUAAUGCCGAUGUCCCUAUCCAUGAUAGAGAGACUCUGGGACAUCUCCGGCUCAGAGGCUGAAACAAAAAAACUCAACCAUGCGGGAGACAAUUAAUUUCAUAAGUUAUUUUAUUUUUCUAUGCAAUAAUUGUCCUACGUUUCCACAAUUAUUUAUUGAAGGAAAAUUUGUUGGGGGAUCCAACAUCAUAUUAAGCAUGCAUCAGGCAAGUUCGCUUUCCAUUUUAUUUUGUUUGUGCAUUAAACCUAUGAUCUUAACUAGGGCCUGGUUCUUCCUUCAUAAAUUUCUUCAGAAGGGGGGACGAUCAUCUGCUUGGUGAUAAUUGAUAUGGCACAAAGAGGUGGACAAAAAGGUGGAUGCUAACGAGCCGUGAAUCAAUCCACAAUACAUUCUUUUUCUCUGUGCAAGCUACCUAGUCAUUCUCAGACAAUUCUAGGUGACCUUGCUGUUCUUUUCAGCGCUGGGUAUGGAUGGUCCCAGGUGGUCUGGCAUUCUGGCCGAGACAAAGCCAUGAUCGGGUCCAGGAAUUCACCGAGCACCGAGCUGUCAGAAUGAACACCGCCACUAUGCAAUGCUGUUCUUUGGUGCAAUGUAUAUUGAGCUUGAGUUCCAGGAAACACAGGUUGCGUACGUUCCCGUAUUUUUUUAAUUCAACUGAAUCUGCAAUGAUAGAUGAUUAGUCUGUAAAAUGCUUGUGCACUAGUACUAUUUUUAUGCAAUAUAUACCCACUGGAGAUGGUGUUUGCGAGGA